AUGGCGCCAAAGCCUCCAACCUCCAAGACCACCAGCAAGGUGCGCAGCAAGAACCCCAUGGCCCGAAAAUCAGCAACCGCAGGCUCAUCGACUCAAUCCAAAACCAAAGUGCACCGACCGACGAAGCAAAUCAAAACCAAACCCGCCGCGACCUCCCUCUCCGCGUCCAAGCGCCCUUCGAAGAAGAAACAGCGCGUGUACACCGACAAGGAACUCCAGCUCCCAGCCCUCAACAUGAUCACGCCAGCCGGGGUGGUGAAGCCCGCGCGGGGCAAGAAAAAGGGCAAGGUGUUCAUCGACGACCAGGAGUCAAUGAUGACGAUCCUCGCGCUGGUGAAUGCGCAGAAGGAAGGCCAGAUCGAAAGCAAGAUCAUGCGGGAACGCCAGUUGGAGGAGGUCAGGGAAGCGAGGCGCAAGGAGGCCGAGAAGAGGAAGGAUGGCAAGAGGGAGAUGCUCGAAGGGAAGAUGGCGGAGGUCAAGAGGAAGAGAAAGACUGGGAGUGCGAGUGCGAGUGCGAAUGAGCGCGGAAGCGGAAGCGGAAGCAGAAGUGAUGACAAGAAAGGUGGGCGCUUGCCGGAUGUCAGUACACCGGCACCGGACGAGAAAAAGAAGCAGAAGUCGAAGAAGCGGGUUUCGUUCGCGUGA